AACAACAAAAAAAUCAAUAGUGCAUAAUUAGAAAAUUUAUAAUUAAAGGCAAAAGUGCAUUUAUUAUAAGAAAACAUAGAGGCCAUGAAGUGGGAGAACUAUUGUGAUUUCGUCGCAGGCUGUUUUGGUGGUGCUUGCGGCGUGCUGGUGGCGCAUCCGCUCGACACCAUCAAGACCUGGCAACAGGCAUCCAACUCAUCCGUCCUGUCGGCCGUGCAGCAAAUCUACAGCCGCAACAAUGGGAUCAACGGCUACUACAGGGGCAUGCUCUUCCCCCUGAUGUCGACGGGCGCCAUCAACUCGAUCCUGUUCGGCAUCUAUGGCAACCAUUUGCGGCAGCUGCGCCGCGUCUGCCACAGCGACUAUCAGCGCGAGCAGCUCGAGUACAAGAACAUGUUCUUGGCUGGAUCUGUGGCCGGGUUUGUCCAGUCCUUCAUUGCGUGCCCCAUGGAGCUGAUUAAGGUGCGGCUGCAGACGCAUUGCUACUACAACGACUAUAUCUAUGGUCAGAGACGCACAGCCUAUGGCACCUUCAAGCGGAUACUUAAGAAAGAUGGCAUCUCGGGCUUAUAUCGUGGACUUGUGCCCAUGAUGUGUCGUGAUGUGCUGCCCUAUGGCAUCUAUAUGCUGGUCUAUCGGCAGGCGGCCAACUAUAUGGAGAACUCGGAGUUUGUGCGCAAGCGUCGCACCGAUUCGAAUGCCACAAAUAUGAACUUAAUUAUUACGACCUUUGCGGGCGCCUGGGCUGGCGUGUUAUCUUGGGUGUGUGUAAUACCCUUUGAUGUGGUCAAGACCAUAAUGCAGGCGGAUGAGAAUCAUAAAUUUCGCGGCAUAAUGCAUUGUGUACUGGUCAACUAUAGGGCCUAUGGCUGGCGCAGCAUUUUUCGUGGCAGUUGGAUGCUGUUGGCGCGUGCGAUACCCUUUAAUGCGGCCACCUUUUUGGGCUAUGAAUAUUCGCUGGAGUUGUGUCAUAGUUAUUGAAAUACAAUUAAACCAAGCGCAGUUUCGAUUUAAACUGAAAUUUGUUCAUAUUUAAAUUAUUUAACGGCUUUCUGUUAAACUUCCUUUGAAUCUGAUGUAGGUUAACAGUGCGUAUUCAGUGUGUGCUGUUGUUAGUCUGGCAACGUUUAUAUUUGUGUACUUAACUGCUAAGUAACAUAAAAUAUACAGCCUACAAAUAUGCUAUAGGCUUAUAUAUCACUUAAAUGCAUUUUAAAAUACAAGAAAAAUUGGCAUACUUAUAAUAAACAACAAAUCUAAAUUUAUAUUUUUUUUGUACAUGCUUAUCUAGUAUAUUAUCUAAUACAGAAAACAAAAUAUAUGUUAAGAAAUCCUGUUAACGCAAAUUGCCUCCGGCAAACAGCGCACUUAACAGCUUUACAACACUGAACGGCUGCGCCUAACAUUCACUAAUCGAUAAGAAAUGUCAUAUCGAUAAA